AUGUCCCCGUACCUGCUUAGAGGCACCGUCCCCCUGUCACCUCUGGUGAUGUGGCACGACGUGGAGCUGACGGACCCCCGCGGCCGGACCCCGCUGGAGCUGGCCGUGUCCCUGGGCCACCUGGAGUCGGUGCGGGUGCUGCUGCGGCACAACGCCAACGUGGGCCGGGAGAACGCCAACGGCUGGACGGUGCUGCAGGAGGCGGUGAGCACGGGGGACCCCGAGAUGGUGCAGCUGGUGCUCCAGUACCGCGACUACCAGCGGGCGACGCGGCGGCUCGCCGGCAUCCCCGAGCUGCUCAGCAAACUGCGCCGGGCAUCCGACUUCUACGUGGAGAUGAAGUGGGAGUUCACCAGCUGGGUGCCGCUGGUCUCCAAGGUGUGCCCCAGCGACGUCUACCGCGUCUGGAAGCGGGGCGAGAGCCUGCGGGUUGACACCACGCUGCUGGGCUUCGAGCACAUGACGUGGCAGCGCGGCCGCCGCAGCUACAUCUUCAAGGGGGAAGGUCAGCUCCAGCUCCCGCGGGACACCCUGGGACCCCAAAUACCCUCAGGGACCCUCCAGUGAGCCUGGGGAUCCCCCCAGACCCCAUGCGCUCGCAUGCAAAGGGGAAGGAAACGCUUGCGCAAGAGGGCGAGCGGGGAGCUGACGGCUUUCCCCCUCCCCAGGAACAAGUCGGGGAUCUGGGGCUGGCGCUCGGAGAAGAUGGAGGUGGUCAGCGGCUACGAGGCCAAAGUGUACAGCGCCAGCAACGUGGAGCUGGUCACCAAGACAAGGACGGAGCACCUCUCCGACCAGGACAAGUCACGCAGCAAAGGCUCCAAGACCCCCUUCCACUCCUUCCUGGGCAUCGCGCAGCAGCACGGCACCCACAACGGGGCGCCCGUGCUGCAGGCUGCCAGCCCCACCAACCCCACCGCCAUCACCCCCGAGGAAUACUUUGACCCCCACUUCGACCUGGAGACCCGCAACAUCGGGCGCCCCAUCGAGAUGUCCAGCAAGGUGCAGAGGUUCAAGGCGACGCUGUGGCUGUGCGAGCAGCACCCGCUGUCGCUGGCGGAGCAGGUGACGCCCAUCAUCGACCUCAUGGCCAUCUCCAACGCCCACUUCGCCAAACUGCGUGACUUCAUCACCCUCAAGCUGCCCCCCGGCUUCCCCGUCAAGAUUGAGAUCCCCCUCUUCCACGUGCUCAACGCCCGCAUCACCUUCAGCAACCUCUGCGGGUGCGACCAGCCGCUGGGCUCCGUGCGGGUGUGCGCCCCCACCCAGCCCCCCAGCACCCACCCCCCCGGCACCCACCCCCCCGGCCCCAGAGGUGAGGCUGGGAGAGAUGGGGGGGGUCCCUGGGGGGGGGGUACAUGUGGCUGA